AUGAGUGGACUGUUUAAUCACAAAGUGCUUAAGGGGGGCUCCAACUCCUCUGCACCAGGACCACACCAUGUUACAUGGGUCCACCUAAAGGAGCUGCUCAAGGAUAACCAUGUCCUUGUGCUCUUCAUCAUGCUGGCCAAUGCUUGCCUCUGGGUGGGUCAUUGGCUGCAUAUAUUCAAGGAAUCACUGUCGGUCAUCGUUCCAAAGCCAAACAAGCCCUCCUAUGCUGUGCCAAAGGCUUUCAGGCCAAUCGUACUCCUCAUCACUUUUGGUAAACUUAUCGAGAAGAUGAUUGCAAACAGGAUACAGUUUGACACUGUCAAGCAUGAUAUCUUUCAUCCAAACCAGCUAGGCAGUAUUUGCCAGAGGUCAACUGAGGACGCUGGAUUGAUCCUGACCCAUCUCUUCUUCCCUUCUAUCAACCAUGAAAUGUUCAUGGCUGUUCUUCACAAGCAGGGGUUUUCACCAGUCUUGGUGGAUUUCUGUGCUUCUUAUCUAGUUGGUCGCUCCACAGUUUACUGUUGGAACACCUUCCAAUCUGGCUCAUGUUCUGCAGAUGUGGGUGUCGGGCAGGGCUCUGCUCUCUCGCCUGUUAUUUCAGGGCUCUUCAUCACUCCAGUAAUGAAGCUCUUCUACACCAAGGCAGUGCCACUUAACACGACGCUGCUCUCCUUUCUUGAUGAUAAUAAUGUGGGCCUGCAUAAGGCCUACAAGAUUAUCUACCUAUUAUUUGUUGCCUUCGCGCUCGUCCUUGAACAUGACAAGACCGAGCUGUUUCACUUUUCGUGCCGACACAACGCAUAUAAUCCUUUGCUUGACCUGGGGUACGCCCCACAUACAGGCGCUACACCUUUGAAGCCCAAGACCUAUUGGAGGUACUUGGGCUUCUACUUUGACCGCAGGCUCACAUUUCAUGAGCAUGUCCGCUACUAUGCCACCAAGGCAUUUACCACUGUGCAGGCCAUGCGCAUGCUCGGAAACUCUACCAGAGGUCUCUCACCUAAACAGCGACACCUCCUUUAUAGAUCGUGCAUGGUUCCUGUUGCCACAUACAGUUAUCGUCUCUGGUACUUCGAUGGCGCCCAUAACAAAGGCACCAUGAACCAGCUCAAACGGAUGCAGCAGAAAGCUGCUCUAUGGAUCACAGGUGCCUUCCGCACCUCACCUGCAGGCGGUCUUGAGGCUUUAGCAGGUCUCAUUCCCAUCCACCUUAUGCUGAAGAAGUUGGCGACAUGCGCAGUGUACCACAUCGCUACCCUCUCAGACACUCACCCUCUUUGCUCUAUGAUAGGCAAGAGACUCCUCAAAUGGGCCAAACUGCAUGCCUGCUCUGCUGCCUUGAUGACUCCUGCUAUGCAGGGGAAAGUCAAGAGCACUGUCAUGGAAGUGGACAAGCGCAUCCACACAUUAACUGAGAGCUUCAAGCCUUUUGCUCCUGAAGCUCACCUGGGUGAUCAGUUACUGGACCGCUUUGCGGACUGUCUCCACUUUGACAAAUGUGAUCCUGCACAGGAUAGGUGCCUGUACCUUAAUGAGCUCAUUGCGAAUGUGAGAGCCGAUCCACCAACAGUACUGGCUGCAACUGAUGGCUCUGUCCCUCAGUCCAACCAGUAUCAGGCGGCUUUGGCUGCCAUCCUCUACAAGGGACAUUGCGAGCUCGAACGGACUUGCUAUGUCUCAGGCAGGGUUACCACCCCUGAUGUGGAACUCAAUGCCAUCACAUGUGCAGUGCGCCUUGCUGUCAAGCAGGCAAACUGCCAACAUACCAUGGUCUUCACUGACUCUAUGGGCUCGGCCCACAGAGCAGUCGACCCCUCCAUACACUCUGGCCAGGCUUUUAGUCUGUCAGUUUGUCACGCUCUCCAAGAGUGGUUUAAGGCGGAUGACCCACACCGCAUCACUUUUAUCUACAUUCCAUCUGCUCUCUGGUGGGAUAUUCAUGGUGAGGCACACAAGUACGUCACUGAACUCAAAGUCAGAGUUGGACGUUGCAAGAUGGACAAUUCUAUAGAUGUGCUACGCUCUCAAGCUGUGCACUCAGUCCUGGACUCAUGGAGUUCGACUUUCCAGGAUCCAACUUACUGA